AUGGGCCAGGCAGAAAUUCAGCCCAAGCCGGGCUUGCGACAGCGCAGUCGCACAGCGCUUCUCAUCGUGGCAUGUGCACUCGCACUCUACGCCGGCGUCGUACAGAUCUUGACCCUGAUCGCCGGCACAUGGGUUACACGGGGCUGCGAUGGCGUCCAACGGUUGGGACUGUCCAGCCUGUCAGUACUAAAAUUUGACGGCAUCGUCCCCUCAUCCUCGAAGCCAGGCUCAUACGAUCUCACAAUGCACCUCUUCCUCUCCUCCUUCGGCUACGAGUACCCAAACGCCUCGACCGCAGCCUUCGCUACCUCAGAGCCCAACUUACCAUAUGACUUCAUCCAGAUCGGCGAGCAUCUCGGCGUCGACCCCUCCUCGUGGGCCUGCCUCCGCAGCGCCGACCAGUGCACAUCCCCCUUCUUCAACACGUUCCGCUACGACGGCUUCGAAAUGACCGGCACGCUGGAGUACGCCUCGCACGUCCUCGCCAUCUCCUACAUCAGCAUCUUAUUUCUCACCGAGCUCCUCAUCGUCGCGCGCCCGAGUUGGCUGCGGUGCCAGUGCUACUUCGCCGCCCUGAAGCGCGUGUAUCCCUGCCCGCGCGGCUCGCGCGCCCAGAUCGAGGCCCUGUCGCCGGGCUUCUGGGACAGAUACCGCGCGUGGGUGUGGUCCACCUUGCCGGCGUUUGUCUUCCUUCCGGCCUUUGGACUGGCGACGAAGGGGCUGCUGCUCAAGAGCUAUGUGAGCCGCCCGGGGAUGGACGAGGUGAAUGCGCGGUUUGGGGAGGGGUUCGUCGUGAUGGAGGGGACGGCGAUCGCGGCUGCGUGUCUGGCGGUGGUGUGUGUGUAUAUGAGAGCGUUGUUGGGGAAGAAGGUGAACUGGAUGGAGCAGCAGGGUGCUGUUGCUGAUGAAGAAAGCAAGAUCACAGUGGUUAGCUUCACGGUGAAGGACUUUACCGACGCCGAACCGGGUCUGUCCCUCUCACCGGACGAGGGCGAGGAUGAUGAUGAAGAGCAGCCGCUCAGGCAUACAUGA